GACAUCACGAUCACACGAGUCGCUUUGCCGCGUCUCGAAGUGGCCGUUUACCCGUUCCCGCCCAGCCAUAACGUUUACUCAACCAAUCCGAGCCGUAGAUCGAUUUUGUUUGAAAUUAAUCCAACGACUCAAGCUCCAUCAGUCCCCCUUUUUUGUCCCGACGGCCAUCCCUCCAGACCCGUAUUCGUUUUCCGAGCCUUUUGCUUCGGAACCGCGCGGCUUUUACUCCAAAGGCCACGAUUCGGUUUUUUUUGUAGCCGUCCAGCGAACCGCGAGUGUUGAACCCCACACCCCCAAUCCCCCCCACUCCCUUGCGUUUGGCCGUGGGAAUUUCCAGCCAGGACAUUCCAACCACGCAUUUCCCAGGAGCGACAUUCCAACCACGCAUUUCCCAGGAGCGACAUUCCAUCCAACCACGCAUUUUCCUGAAGGGACAUUCGAACCACGCAUUUUCUCGGAGCGACAUUCGCUCUUGCUUUUCCUCGAAGUCAAUCUAGCUGAGACAUUCGCUCAUUCAAUUCCACAUUGCGUUCGUUCGUCGCCAACUCAGCUCUAUGUAGCAUAUUCGCACCUCGACCAAGCUCAUUCCUCCUGCUUCACGGACAUCAGUUCGCCGGCUCAGAGUGCGACAUCAUCCAGACGAGCCGCCAGACAGCACACCCGUGCGAGCAUGGAUGCCGGAAAACCUUCAAUAUGCACGGCGCUCCGCAUGCACGGCAACCCAACCGAGCGUCACCUGUCGCUUGCUGUGGCGACCAGCACCUCGGCCUCAAGCGCCGUUUCCGAAGCUAAGUUCUCGCCCGGUCCCAUUCCCUCACAUGCUAUGCUGCUUUUCUUUGCCUGUGCACCAUGCUUUCCAGGCUCCCCACCCCUUCGAUUGCUCAUCUCCCCCUCCCCCUCCAACCGGAAGCCCAUGGCGCACGGCGCUUGCUUAAGCCGCCCGCCUGCAUAGAGAGUCCAGUCGCUAGUGGGUUAGCCUAUGUUAGAAGUUUAGCUGUCGCUGCAUGCACGCGUCGAGUCUCCUCCUCCUCGUUGUCCCCUCGCUGCCGCUCGCUCGUGCAUGUGUACCAUGGGCGACCCUCCCCCUCUCCCCCUCCCCUACCUUCCAGCUAAGUAGCCGACCCUCUAUGCAUGCAUGCAUCCGUCUUUUCUGCCAUUUCGUUUUCUCAUAAAACAGUGCCGCUGGUGGAAGCACAGUGUACAACCCACAGAAUCCCUCACUGCUGGUAAAGCCCCCCCCAGGUUAAGCCCUCAGGUGUACCCCCAUUACCACAGGUAUAUCUUCCCUUGGGUCUGUGGCGUUUCGCUGUGCCUCCACCAGUGGCCCUCCUUCCGCUCGUCCUCCAUUUCGCCAUGCGUAGAGCCAUUCCGUUCCCAUGUG